CUACUUGCCUUUUCUCAUCUCUAUCUAUCUCUUCUGUAGAAUUUCACUUUCACUCACUUACCCUUUUGGCCUCAACUCAAUUCAAUCUCACUUUGAGUCCAAACCAUUUCAAUGCCGCAAUCCCAACAAUGACUCCAUCAUACUUUCACCAACUACUUCCUUCUUCUUCGGUUUUCGAUUUAUAUUUAUUUAUUUCUGUUGUCUUCUUCCUUCUACUCUAACUCUAAGAGUCUUCUUCUUCUUCUUCAUAUAUUCAAGAGAGAAGCUUCCUUCAAGCUUUUAGUCUUUGUUGUUUGUUUUGAUGGGCAUUUUGGAUUGUAAGUAACAAACUUUUCUUGGGAACUUAAGAAUUCGUUCAUGGUUUCGGUAUGAUUGGAUGGCUUUGUCUUUUUCUUUCUUGUGUGAGUGAGCUUAAAAGUCUUUGUUUUUUUCGAGAAAAUUACAGCUUUUUGAGAUUUGCACCGACAAUUUUCUCCUUUAGAAACGAUCCCUUUAAGUCUUCAAAAACUUCUUCUAUACUUCUAGAAUAGCAGGCCUUACUUCAUUUGCUUUCACGUUCACUGGAAGUUCUUCAAGGUUUGGAAAUUUUACAGAGAAAGUUAUGAAGAGCUGUAAAAAGUAUGAAACUUUCUCGGAUUUCUGCUGUUUCAAGGAUGCUAUAACCAAUGUCGAUUAUGGAGUUUGUAAUUAUAGUCUAGUGGAUUUUUAGUCUCCAUCUUGCCCCUCACUUUAAACAAAAUGCCCGGAGCCUUAGCACAAUCCUUGCAAGUCUUGACAGUGUUGUGUUUCAUUGCUUGUAUUUUCCCGCCGUCCGUGUCAUUGAGUGUUGAAACUCAAGCACUUCUUCAGUUCAAAAGCCAGCUAAAAGAUCCCUUAGGGGUUCUGGAAUCAUGGAAAGAUUCUGCUGAUUCUCCAUGCCAAUUCAUGGGAAUUACUUGUGAUUUGGUUACUGGGAAAGUCACAGAAAUUUCACUUGAUAACAAGUCUUUAUCUGGUGAGAUUUCACCUUCCAUUUCAGUACUUGAUAAUCUAACCAAACUUUUGUUGCCUUCAAAUUCCAUUUCUGGGAAGCUUCCUUCGGAAAUAGGCAAUUGUAGCAAUCUUAAGGUGUUGAAUCUGACGGGAAAUUAUAUGGUUGGAGUCAUCCCAGAUCUUUCCAUGGUGAAAAACUUAGAGAUUUUGGAUUUGUCGAUUAACGGCUUUAAAGGAAGAUUCCCUAGUUGGGUGGCUAAUUUAACAAGACUGGUUUCACUUGGUUUAGGCUCAAAUAAUUAUGAUGAAGGUGAAAUUCCUGCUAGUAUUGGGAACUUAAACAACUUGAAUUGGCUCUUUUUGGCUGACUGCAAUUUAAAGGGUGAAAUUCCGGAAUCUGUUUUUGAACUGAAGGAGUUGGAUACACUGGAUUUGUCUACAAACAGAAUUUCUGGGAUUCUCUCUAGAUCAAUUUCCAAUUUGCAGAAACUUACUAAGAUUGAGCUGUUUGGUAACAAUUUGACUGGGGAAAUUCCACCAGAGCUUGCAGAGCUCACUCUUUUGCGGGAAAUUGAUAUAUCUAAUAACGGGAUGUCUGGUGAAUUGCCUGAGGGGAUUGGGAAUCUGAAGAACCUGACAGUUUUUCAAUGCUAUAAGAACAAAUUUUCCGGAAAAUUGCCUUCGGGAUUUGGGGAUAUGCAGCAUCUUAUUGGUUUCUCAAUUUAUGGAAACAGUUUUUAUGGGGAAUUCCCUAAAAAUUUUGGUCGAUAUUCACCAUUGCUGAAUAUCGACAUAUCUGAUAAUCAAUUUUCAGGUAGCUUUCCCAAGUUUUUAUGUGAAGCAGGGAAGUUAACAGCCUUGCUUGCCCUGAACAAUAAUUUUUCUGGAGAGGUGUCAGCUUCCUAUGGUGAGUGCAAAACUCUUCAGAGGUUGCGAAUUAAUCGGAAUCGGUUGUCUGGGAUGGUUCCUGACGGUAUUUGGGCACUGCCAAAAGCGGGAAUGAUUGAUUUGGGUGACAAUGAUUUUAUUGGAGGGAUAUCCCCAAAUAUUAGUUUUUCUACCAGCUUGCAUCAAUUGGUUUUGCAAAACAAUAGGUUCUCGGGUGAGCUUCCUUCAGGUCUUGGAAUGUUAUCAAACUUAGACAAACUCAUCUUGCAUAAAAACAAUUUCUCUGGUGAAAUACCUUCUGAAAUUGGUGCUUUAAAGCAGUUAUCUUUCUUGCAUUUGGAAGAUAAUUCAUUAACAGGAUCAAUACCAAUGGAAUUGGGUUACUGUACUAAACUGGUGGACUUGAAUCUUGCUCGGAAUCUAUUGAGUGGUAAUAUUCCUCUUACAUUUUCGCAAAUGAGCUCUUUGAAUGCCCUGAAUCUUUCUGAAAACAAACUCACUGGUUUGAUUCCAGAUUCUUUAAGGAAAUUGAAGCUAAGUUCUAUUGAUUUGUCCAGGAAUCAGUUGUCAGGAAGUGUUCCUUCUUAUCUUUUAAGGAUGGGCGGAGACAAAGCCUUCAUUGGUAAUAAAGGACUCUGCCUUGACCAAAGCACUAAAUUGCUUAUGAAUUCUGGUCUGGAUGUUUGCCCCGGGAAGCAUAGUCAGACAAAAUUUAAAAAUACAUGGGUUCUCUUCUGCGUGAUAGCAGCUUCUUUGGUUGCUCUUGCUGGAAUACUGCUUGUGAGUUAUAAAAAGUUCAAGCACAAAGCUGAUAUGCAGAAUGUUUUGGAUGAGGAGAAAGCAGUUGAUCAAAAAUGGAGACUUGCCUCUUUCCACCAGAUGGAUAUUGAUGCUGAUGAAAUAUGUAAUCUGGAUGAAGACAAUCUAAUUGGAAUUGGAGGUACAGGGAAAGUUUAUCGCCUGGAUUUGAAGAAAAAUGUUGGUACAGUUGCUGUAAAACAACUAUGGAAAAGUGAUGGUGUGAAGGUUUUGGCAGCAGAAUUGGGGAUCUUGGGCAAAAUCCGACACAGAAAUAUACUGAAGCUUUAUGCUUAUCUACAUAAAGGAGGAUCAAAUUUUCUGGUGUUCGAGUACAUGGCAAAUGGUAAUCUGUCUGAAGCCCUUCAUAGAAAGGUAAAAGGUGGACAACCUGAGCUGGAUUGGUGUCAGAGGUACAAAAUUGCUCUAGGUACUGCAAAGGGAAUUGCGUAUUUGCAUCAUGAUUGCUCACCUCCAAUCAUUCAUAGAGAUAUAAAAUCAAGCAACAUUUUACUUGAUGAAGAUCAUGAACCAAAAAUUGCAGAUUUUGGGGUUGCAAAGAUUUCAGACAAGUCUUGUAAGAGUUCUGAAUAUAGCUGCUUUGCUGGAACACAUGGUUACAUUGCGCCUGAGAUGGCAUAUACUUAUAAAGUAACCGAAAAGAGUGAUGUAUAUGGUUUUGGUGUGGUGCUGCUAGAACUUGUUACUGGAAGAAGACCAAUUGAGGACGAGUAUGGAGAUGGAAAAGAUAUAGUUUACUGGGUAUCGACUCAUCUCAAUAACCGUGAAAACGUCCUCAAGGUCCUCGACAAAGAAGUUGUGUCUGAAUCUAUGCAAGAAGACAUGAUUAGGGUCUUGAAGAUUGGUGUUGCAUGCACUAGCAAGCUUCCAAGUCUUCGGCCGUCCAUGAGAGAAGCUGUCAAGAUGCUUGUUGAUGCUGAUCCUUGCAUUUACAGGUCUUCAGACUCUGGUUCGGAUAAAUCUGGGAAGAUUACUCUGUAGCUAAUAAAUCUCUGGUAGUGGUAGCCAAUAGCUUAUCUUAGAAUAUUAUGAAUUGUUAUGCAAUUGUCAGUUUCUUCUAUAUCCUCCCAAAAAAUUUGGUGAGUAUGUUUUAAAACCUUGUGUAUUUACUUAUGAAGCUUUUCGCUGUACCAUCAGAUGAAAUGUAUUUUGAUUCGUAUUAAGAAUGUGAUCGAUGUUUGUUCUUGUAGAAAGCAUUUUAACUAUUUUUAUUUAGAUGCUUAGAUCCA